GUCGUUCUUCUCGAAUGCCUUCCUAUCUCCCACAAUUAAUUAUUCCCAAUUGUGAUCAUAACCUCUUCGAAGAAAUUGCAUUAGCAAAUCCUAACUCUUUCUAUCGAAUGAAUCUUAUCCAAGGUCAGCUUGAAAUAAUGCCUCCACAACCAGUUCGCAAUGAAACCGAUCAAGGAGAGUUACUUAUUAUUUAUCAAAUUGUCGGAUGGUGCCUUGCUAAUGCCAAUUUGGUUGGACACCAUGGUGGUUCCCAGGGAGCCUAUACAUUGAACAGUGGUGAUAUUCUGGGUCCCGGAGCUUCUGUUGUCCUUAGUGCCAGAUGGAAUGCUCUAUCAACUAAUGAUAGACGACGAGCAUUUCCACCAGUUGCACCAAAUUUUAUUGUGGAAUUACGUUCAAUAAGCAAUUCACCUCAGUAUGUUCAUAGGAAAACGUUACUAUGGAUUGGUGCGGGAGAAGGAGUAUCAAUUGAUCCAAUUGCAAAUCCACCUACAGUGAGGGUCUAUAGCUAUAAUUCCAACACUAAUAGUGUCAUUUGGCAAGAGUUUGUGAAUCCUCAAACAGUUACUUCACAAGUUCUUACUGGAUUUGUAAUGAAUAUGCAAGAAGGAGCGAAAAAUGAAAGAUGCAGUAGUGAUCAAAGUCUCCCUGCUGAGACGGUUACUGUUGCAAUUGUUAUUUGUUCUGAUAGUUUUCUUCCAGUGUAUACCAUUCGAGAUCGUGUAUCUACUAAAGAAAAUAAAAUUUUAGUAGAUAUUUCAUCACGAGAUAUACUGAUCGAAGUGUUAAUUAGAGAAGCAAGAUAUAGCAAUACUAACUAUUUAGGGCUUACUGAAAUUCCUUCAGAUUUCCUCUCGUUAAUUGAUACAAAUAUUAUUAUCAAAGAUUGUCCUAAAUCUACCAGCAAAUCGAAUUAUGAGAAUGGUCUAUUCAUAGAAAAAUCCAAUAAUAAACGUUUGUAG